UAAGAAUUUGGCCCGCCCAGGGUCGGUUGUUACCCACAUCGAAAACGAUGUUUCUACUCAAUGAAUAUCAUUUUCAAGAACAGAGGGACAUUUGAUCCCGGUAAAAGCGUCUAGUAACGAAAUUCUAAGAGUUACAAAGAAAUGGUGAUACCUAUAUUCAUAUAUGCUUCGAAGAAUUUCAUUGGAGUGGUAAUUACCGCGGAACACUUGUGUUUACAAGCACAAGUCAACAUAAUUAUUUCUCACGGCAUCAUCGGUUUAUGAGAGACCGACACCGCCACUCGCAUCCUUCAGAUUAUCGCGGUAGCGCGGUUCUGUUCGAUCUGAAAUCAGUACAAAAUGUAUAUUUUUUUGACGUUAGCUUUUCUGCCUGCUGUGACUAAUUUUGUGUCAUGUGAAUCAACCUUCGAGCCACCAAGAGAAGGUCCACCGAGAACAACCUUCAAAUCUGUGGUAAACGAAGGUUCAUCCAUACCAAUAACAACUGUAGCAGAUUUCAGAUCGCUGUAUUCAUAUCAACCUACGUCACGCCAGCCACAAGGUUGGGGGCAAAACGACGCCAGAUAUAGGAUGCUGCUAAGAUCACCACAAUCCUUGACAAAGCUUGCGAAGACACUGUCAAUUGGAUUCGAUCCGUCUUUUAGUAAGGACUACUUCGAACCGUUUGAAAAAAGAGCGAAGCCAGUGACUCUCAUCGCUUUCAGGAAAAAUGGAUUUGUGCCUCGCCAUACUUUCAAAUACGCAGAGAGGGUAUCGACAGAGGUCGCGGAACAACAGUCUCCGUAUAAUGAAGUGGGAAGUUUCUGGCAAGACGACCUAAUAGACUCUUAGAUCCGGACGGCGGCGUGUCACCACAUGGCCGUAGUUCUAACAAUCAUGGUUUGGAGUUACUUGAGUGAACAAAAUGUUGUGAUAGUAAAGUUAAAAGCAAAAAAACAAAUGCUACCUAGGAUCUUAACUAAUCUUGACAUAAGUAUUAGAUUAGUUUUUUUAAGUUUACUGC